AUGAUGAACGAUACCCGAAUACCACAAGUUUUCAACGAAUCAAGCGAUGACGUCACGUAUUCCUCGACGUCUGAUUGGUACGAUAGCAGCAACUGUUCAUGGGUGGACACGGUGUCAUGGGGAUGUAACUCGACAGUUAACACUACCGGUGCCAAUGUCACCACUAGUGACGUCACGUCGCUCGUCCUCAUGGCGGUUACAUCUGUGGUGCUUGCGCUCAUCAUCCUUGCUACAAUUGUCGGUAAUGUGUUCGUGAUCGCCGCCAUUAUAAUUGAGAGGAACCUUCAGAAUGUCGCAAACUAUCUAGUCGCUUCUCUCGCUGUCGCUGACCUAAUGGUGGCAUGUCUCGUGAUGCCAUUAGGAGCUGUUUAUGAGGUCAGCCAAGGAUGGAUUUUAGGUCCAGAACUCUGUGAUAUGUGGACAUCGAGCGACGUCCUGUGCAGCUCAGCUUCGAUACUUCAUUUAGUGGCAAUAGCAACAGAUAGGUACUGGGCGGUAACCGAUGUGGAUUACAUCCAUAUACGCAACGAGAGGAGAAUUUUCACGAUGAUCUUCUUGGUAUGGGCCGCUGCGCUCGUAGUUUCCCUCGCCCCCCAGCUGGGAUGGAAGGACCCCGACUACCUAGCUAGGAUAACGCAACAGCAAAAGUGCCUAGUUAGCCAAGAUCUUGCGUAUCAAAUCUUUGCUACCUGCUCUACCUUCUACGUACCACUUGCUGUGAUUCUAAUAUUGUACUGGAAGAUCUUCCAAACUGCUAGAAGACGAAUCCGGAGGCGGCGGGAACCACCCCCACCGCGGCCGACGUCCGCAGACGGCGCCCCACCGGCUGGUCGACCAAUACAAUCGGCGAGGGAUAGGCGAUUCAUUAAGAAACGUUUCUUGAACCUGAAGAAAUGUAACCAGCGUACCCGCGUCGAGACUCUAGCAGCCUCCCUCCUGCUUACCGAAGGUCAAAGCACGUCAACUGUGGACACCUUAGACGAGGAACCACGGACUACUGCGUUCACCAUAAACGAAAAGGUGCCUUCUUCCGUGUCGCCAGAAAAAUCUUCCUCAACAGUCACCAACGGCUCAAAAGCAGAACGAGCGAUCGCGCCCGCAAUGUCUCAGAGAGAGAAAAAAGAAUCCCUCGAGGCUAAGAGAGAGAGAAAAGCGGCGAAGACGCUUGCAAUAAUCACGGGUGCCUUUGUUUUCUGCUGGCUGCCGUUUUUCAUAAUGGCGUUGGUGAUGCCAAUCUGCCAGACAUGCGUGAUCAGUGACUACCUCGCCAGCUUCUUCCUCUGGCUUGGCUAUUUCAACUCCACCCUCAACCCGGUCAUCUACACAAUAUUCAGCCCUGACUUCCGGCAAGCGUUUGCCCGAAUCCUCUUCGGCACUCACAGGCGCGGCCGAAACAAAAAAUUC